UCGCUGCUCGGGCAAAGAGCAGCGGCGAGCCCAGGCAGGCAGGCAGGCAGGCAGGCGGCGCUCCGCAGCGGUCUCCGUGGUGUCGCCGGCGGCAUGGUGGACAGCAUCUACCGGACCCGCUCGCUGGGCGUGGCGGCCGAGGGGCUGCCGGACCAGUACGCGGACGGAAAAGCGGCGCGGGUCUGGCAGCUCUACAUCGGCGACACGCGGAGCCGCACGGCCGAGUACAAGAGCUGGCUGGCGGGGCUACUGCGGGGCCAGCGCUGCCAGACGGUGCUCGACGUGGCCUGCGGGACCGGAGUGGACUCCAUCAUGCUGGUUGAGGAAGGGUUCACUGUUACCAGCGUGGAUGCCAGUGACAAGAUGCUCAAAUACGCUCUGAAGGAGCGAUGGAAUCGUCGGAAAGAGGAACCUUUUGACAACUGGGUCAUUGAAGAGGCCAACUGGCUCACCCUGGCACAGGAUGUGCAGAAGCCUGGUGAUGGUUUUGAUGCUGUCAUCUGCCUCGGGAAUUCCUUUGCACAUCUCCCGGACUUUAAAGGUGACCAAGGUGCUCAUAAACAGGCUCUUAAAAAUAUUGCCAGUAUGGUGCGUCCUGGCGGCAUCCUUGUCAUUGAUCACCGUAACUACGACUACAUCCUGGAAACAGGCUGCGCCCCUCCAGGGAAGAACAUCUACUACAAGAGUGACUUAACUAAGGACAUCACCACGUCUGUACUCCUUGUGAAUAACAAGCCAAGCAUGGUGACCCUGGACUACACCGUGCAGGUGCCUCCCGAAGGGAAUGAUGGGAGCCCAGAACUGAGUCAGUUCCGUCUCUCAUACUACCCUCACCGCUUGGAGCCUUUCACGGAACUUCUGAAAAAUGCGCUGCAAGGCCAGUGUGAACACAGUGUCCUGGGGGACUUCAAACCUUACAAGCCAGGCCAGGAAUACACGCCAUGCUACUUCAUUCACGUGUUGAAGAAAACGGGCUGAGAACUGCACAAGAGAAUGCUCCAGCCAGCAUCUGGGGCCUCUUGUCCAUGGCUGGAGUGGCCAGUUGCUACUCCAACAGUGCAGCAAACCAAGUUUAAAUGAUAGUGAAUGUGUAUAGAAGGUGCUUGAACCAGAAAAGGGAAAACUGGAAAGAUUUUUUCACCUCCACCUCUCCCCACCCCCGUCAAGGGGCCAGUGUUGUGAAUCUGCUUUAGGGACUGGAGGAGCUGUUUCUUAACCCGUGACCUCUGAGAGAAAGAGGUGGGGGUGAUUGGUAUCUGAAUUUUAUGCAAGGUUUUGUUACUGGUUAAACUGUAUUUUUCUGUCCUUGGUGCCUUCUUUUUUUUCUUUUUUCUUGCUGCUGUUUCUUAGGUUGCAUGGAUAAUGCGCAUCAAUGCCGGUAAAUGUGGAUGGCUGUGUGUUUUGUUUUGGGACAGAUGUGGAGACAGGAACUAUAUUGGCUCUCUGAAACCUGUGGAUAAUAGUCUUCUGCCUAGUUAGGAAUCUCUUCUGUAGUCCCCAUUCACUUCAAUGGUGGCUUGUUUAUGAGAAUGUAUUGGUUCCCAGAGUCUUCUCAUAGCAGUUGGUGGUAUUAGUGUGAUGCAUAUAUUCCUGCAUCUCAUGUUUGUUUUUUGAGGGUUAGGUCUCUUCGAUGACAAAGCAAAUUCAGUUUAUUUUCCCCCCCAGUGCUCCAUAAAAGCAGUAAUCUAAGGUUUCUUAUCUCAACAGCUGAAGGCGAAUCCUAAACACGACAGAGCAUACUCUUUGAAUGCAGAAAAUCUCAGGUUUAAUCCCUAGCAUUGCCAGGUAAAGGAUGUCAGGUAGUGAUGAGACUUUUCUCUGUGAGACCCUGGAGAGCUCCUACCAGUCCGAGUGGACAGCAGCUGAGCUAGAUGGACAGAUGACCUGGCUGAGCACAAGGCAGCUUCUAAAGCCACCCUGUGACAGAAAAGCUCUUCCAGGCCCAGGAGUGAUUUCUACAAGCCUUUGCUGAGAAGGGGAAGUAGACACAGAGAUAAUUAGGAAUGUUAAUGUCUAAUUAUUGCUCGAGAUAUAUAGUUUAACUCCAAUAGCUCCUUUCUCUCCUCACCUUCUUUAGUUCCUGUUGGGUUAAAUGGAUGUCCCCCCCCCCCCCUCCAUGGUUGGGUGAAAGAACCACCAGAGGGAAGGGGCAGAACAUCCUGAGGUAGAGGUAAGUUUGCUGCAUUGUGUGAUCUGGUGAUCCUACCUCCAGUUGAGAUGUGCUUACUUUGAAUACCGACUGGCCAUGUUUGGUCUGAAAGGCUGGGGGCCUAAUUCUAAUGUCCUUAGACUAGAAAGGACUUCCGCAAGCUGCUUGAGAGUGAAGGUUAUUUUUGGGUUAGUGCUGAUAGUGAGCAUUGAUUUUGGAAAUCUGCAGUAUGACUAGAUGACCAUUGGCUAGCAUCAUCCCACGAAGACCUGUGCGAAGAGUGUGGCAUGGGGGUUAUGGAACAAGCGCAGAGUGUGGAAUGGGCGGGUGUGUAUGUGUCAGAAUUCAGCUGCCUUAAAGACUCUGCUCUUGGUUGUUUUUCUUUUUGUGUGGAUAAUAUCUCAAAAGCCAGAGAGGAAGCUAUAUAAAGUUGAUAGGACAGGGCUGGCAGGGGGAGCUUCUGUGACCGGCAGAGUUCUUUCUGUUUCCCGUGACUAACAAAGCCAGAACGAUAGACAACGCAAAUAAGAACAAAUGCAAAUUGAUCCUAUUUAUAGGAUUUCAUUUUUCUUAUCAGUACAGAGAACUUAAGCCAACUAUAGAGGCAGGCCUAGGGAUUGUAUAGAGCAGCCCCUCUUCCCUCCCCUUUUUUCUCUUGCUCAAGCUGAAAUGGAUAUAUUACAACAAACAGGACCACGGUGUAAUGUAACCGGUAAAACAGUAAAUC